CUUUGUUUUCCCUUUUUCUUCUCCUGUAUUUCUUUGUUACCUAGUAAUCCCGUUCCAUCAACAAAGGCACUCUUUUGUUUGGAUUCACACUGAACACGAGUACCAGCAGCAAUGGCUAAUACAAAGACACAAGAUCAUGCGGCGGUAGAGAAGCCACACACCAAACCAGGCCGUAAACCCCUGACAAGUGAGCCAAAGAACAAGAGGACUGCACAGAACAGAGCUGCACAGAGGGCGUUCAGGGAGCGUAAGGAGAAACGAAUGUUGGAACUAGAGGAUAAGGUGCGUGCUCUUGAACAGGAGAAGAUGCAAAUAGCUAAUGAGUCGGAGUUGUUACGUAUUCAGGUGAAGCAGCUCAUGGGUCAACUGGGCAGAAAUGGCACUACGGGUCAUAUUCAAGGCACUGGCAUGAGGAGUGAAACAUACCCAGAGGAGCUUGAAAGGGAGGAUAGUUCGUCGGUACGAAGAGACUCUUCCUCAGAUGAGAAGAGUACCAACAACACCUCGUCGAACUCUAGUGUUUCGUCAGCAACUCCGGUAUCUUUUGCUGAAGAAGGAUACAAUUUUACGAAACCUUUACCUGAUACUGCGUCUAGGAACCCAACUACGGACUACAAUUUGAACUUGUCCAACAAACUAAAUAACAAGUCUUUCAAAGACCAUUAUGAUGAACAGAUUUUUUGCAAGGAACUGGGUGAAGUUUGUGGUUCGAAAUCGUGUCCAUUUCCAAAGGACAAGAAGGCGUAUUCUUCUUCUACCAGCCCCGGUACAAUAGUCGGCAACAAUCAGAAAUAUGGCAGCACUAUGAGCAUGACUAGUAACGGCAAUAAUACUAGUGGUAGUAGCAGCAAUAUUGCUUACCAGUCUGCGUCCACCAUGACAACUCCUUCUGUUGAUUCGAGCUCUAGAUCUAAUAACACCAAGAGUCCAUUUACGAGUUCUCUCUUUGAUGGGAGUGUUAAUGGUGAUCAGGAUAUCCUUGCUGAGAUAGGCAAAGAUGAGAUUAAUGCCAAUGGUAAUGAGGAUAUCAAAGGCAACAACAACUCUAUCUGGAAUAUCGGUAAAGGCCUAGAUUCGUAUGCCUUUUUGGAUAGCAACAAGAAUAACGAAAUGGACUUCUUAUUUGACGAUGGAAAGAAAGUAAGCCAUGACACGAACACUUUAAUCCAAAGUCAUCCUGAAGCUUUUCAACUUGAUGCCAACUCAUCUUUGUUCAACGACAAUCUUACGCCAGAUUUUGACGCCGACGUUGAUUUUGACAAUGAUGACGUUUUUGAUGAUUUAUUGAAAUUACCGUAUGAUGAUCUCAACUUUAAUAAUCAAUUGAGUGAGCUUGAUCACAAGCAAGGUGAUAACAAAAGCGGGAAUGCGUCUGGUGUUAAUAACCGGGAAGCUGUCACCGAUUUAGUGACUGACGAAAAUGAAGAGGUCCCAGACACCAAUCAGAAUCUCAUGCAAUGUUCACAAAUUUGGGAGAGAAUAACUACGCAUCCAAGGUUCACGGAUCUGGAUAUCGAUAACUUAUGUGACGAGUUGAAGUCGAAAGCCAAAUGCAGUGAGUCUGGAGUAGUGGUUGAUGGUGGUGACGUGGGGAAACUGCUACAUCAAGCUACGUGCGAAAAGCAGAAACAAAAGGAGAGAGAACGGGAGCUGGCUAUCAAACGAGCGGCUAUCAACUCAGAAGCCAAUACUUUCCUGAACGGUUUCUGGUGAAGUUCAGUGAUUUGCUUCUUUUCUAAUCAAUUUACUACCACAAUUAUUCUUAUAAUCUCUACUCAUGAUUAUCUUUGCAAAUCAUUCAGUACUUCUCCUUUUUUUCUUUUUCGAUUCUUUUCUUUUCUUUUCUUUUCUUUUUUUUGCUCUUACCUACAUUCAUCUAUAAGGUGUGUUUACCUCCCUGUAUUUAAUAUAGAUUUGAUGGCGAU